UAACCUUCUUCCUUUCACACAACUCCUAGUCAUCUUAUUUUCUAUUCUUAUUUCUAUUUUCAAUUCCCUUCCAGACCUUAUUUUUAUUUAUUUUUUUUAUUUUUCAUUUCCUCUUCUCAUGGCCACUGUUGAACGAGAAUUAUUUGGCGGUGCCAUUACUUUGAAUCUUCCUCCAAAGUUUGAUGAUAUCAGCCAAUUUCGUGAAGUUCCAGAUCAUCAAGAGGUGUUCGUGAACGCAGACGAAGAUCAAAGUGUUAUUGUUGAGAUUUUGGAAAUGGUUGAUACAGCAGAUGACGCUUGUGCUGCAUACCAUUAUCAGCAAUUGGCUGAAGACAAUGAUGCUGAAGAUUCUUCUGUUGUUCAAAGUGUGUCUGUUCUCAGUAAUUCAGAACUUCCUCAAUGGCCUAUUGAGGCAAAGCUUUAUCUUCUACUUGGUCAGCAGCGUAUUGCAAAGUAUAACGAACGUCAAACUCGAGCCAUUGGAGGAGAUGCACGCAAUUUAGUCCAGAUCAUGAUGGUCGUCAUCCGUUUGCCCCUUCAGCAAACCGAUAUCGUGAUCUCAUACAAUGUCCCCCUUCAAAUUUCGGAGAUUAGUUCUUCUAGAGAAGUGGCUCAUGCAGGUGACAUUCAAGAGGCAGAGCUUUGGUUCCGUACCUUGCUCGGAUCUUUCCAAGUCAAAAACUGGGGACUCUUUGGAUCAAAUUAA